AUUUAGAAUUACAUAUAAGGUCCGAGUUUGUAUAGGGCACCUAGCUCAUACAAGGCGACACCAACGACAUCUUCCCGAGCUCUACUCCAUAUGACGUAUGGGGAGCUAAUAGCUAGCUACCUACCCACAUUCUUCAUAAGCUGGUCACGUACACCAACAAGAUGGCGGGUAACGGUAAUGUCGAUAUAGGGCAUCUCACGCCGGACCAACAAGCUGCUCUGGAACAAUAUACACAGGUCACGGCGCAAGAUGUGAAGGAUGCAGUGCCAUUAUUAGAGCGGUCACAAUGGAAUGUCCAAAUAGCAAUAGCUAAGUUCUUUGACGGCGAGGGUCCCGACCCCGUUGCUGAAGCUAUAGCCGCUCAAGACCACAUCCCGAGACAAGCAGCAAGACACGAGAAUCUACAAGAAAGUCUAGCAGCCUCGCGGCCUCUAGGUCGUUCGUUACCACGAUCAAGACCAGACCCCGCUCCAAGGAUCGUGCCUCAACCUCAAACCACCCAUCGCCCGCCACUCCUCCUAGCCAUCCUAUUCGCCCCCUUCAACUUCGGGUACAGGGCUCUUUCUACGAUCUUCCGUACAUUUAUGUAUAUAUUCGCCUUCCUCCCGGCAUCGAUACGACCCCGAGCAAUAACAACGAGUAUGACAAGCGGAUGGAAAGGCACGAUGGGACGGCGCAUGCUGAUGCCACGCGACACAGCCGCACGCUUCAAGCGAGAAUUUGACGAAGAAUACGGACCAAACAACCUACCUUUCUUCGAAGGUGGUUUCGCGCAAGCCCUUGACCUAGCUAAGAAGGAGCUUAAGUUCCUUCUGAUCGUGCUUAUGUCACCCGAACAUGACGACACCGAGUCCUUCACACGAGAAACCCUCCUCUCCCCCGACGUCGUCGCUUUUAUUAACGACCCAGCAAAUAAUAUCGUCCUAUGGGGCGGCAAUGUCCUCGACUCCGAGGCUUUCCAAGUGGCCGCCGAGUACAACUGUACCAAGUACCCCUUCUCAUGCCUCGUAUGCCUGACUCCUAAGGAGGGAAGUACACGCAUGAGCAUCGUCAAGCGACUCUCCGGACCCCUCCCAGGUCCUGCAUACGUAGCAGAACUACAAACCGCCCUCGCGAAAUACGCCCCCGAUCUAGCGGGUGCCCGCGCCGAGCGUGCCGCCCAAGAAGUUGCGAGGAACCUACGCACGGAGCAGGAUUCGGCGUACGAGCGCUCACUAGCCAAAGACCGUGAACGCGCACGCCAACGCCGUGAGGCAGAGGCAGCCGCUAAGGAAGCGGAGAAGAGAGCUAUAGAAGAAGCUGAGGCAGCGGAGCGCAAGGCCCGGUUACGUGAGCAAUGGAAGCGCUGGCGCGCAGCGAAUAUCGCGCCAGAGCCCGAGGCAAGUGCUAAGGACGUUGUGCGUCUCGCGUUGAAGAUGCCGGACGACGGACCCGCAGGAAGGGUAGUACGUAGAUUUGCCAAGGACAGCACUACGGAAGAGCUAUAUGCUUUUGUAGAGUGCUAUGAUUUGCUACAAUCAGGGGAUUUAGAUCUGGAAAAAGUAGAACCAGAAGGCUACGAGCACGAGUAUAAAUUCCGCAUCGCGUCGCCUCUACCGCGAGUAGUCUACGAGCCUGAUGAAUCGGCGACGCUAGCUGCUACGAUCGGAAGGUCGGGAAAUCUGAUUGUUGAGAAUAUAGCGCCCGAGGAAGAAUCCGACGAUGAUAGCGAUGAGUAGGAAUAGGGUUAGAGGACUUAGAUAGGAGCUCGCAAUAGCACGAUCUUGCAUCGGAGAUUGUUGUAAGAAUACAAUAUGAUACGGAUCAACCACUGUCUGCGUAAUUACGUGUAUUUGGUAUGCUUUUUUAAUCUGAUAAUGAUUAUGACCUCCCUUUUGGUAUCAUGUUUUAAGCCAGCCCAAUACCACCCACCUAUACUAUAUCCCACCAUUUAAAAGUCUACAGUCGUACAAAUGCAUAACGCUCCCAUCAGGGCCUUGGCACGCCAGGUAUAUGUUAUACAAACUCUAGUCAACCCAUCUAAAUCAGUAUCUUACGUCAUGAAGUUUACUCAUGAUUCAUAUUCA